AUGACAUUGCAAUUCGUCGAAUCCAUAGCACCGCCAAUGGCAGUUCAGCAGGAGCGCGCACGGCAGCUCUUCCGGUGCAAUCCGUCCGGGCGCUGCGUCGGUGCUUCCGGACGAGGUGGUCGAGCUGAAGUCAGCGUGGCGACGGCGGUCCUGGAGGAGGACGCAGCAGCGCACGGCCACGGCGAUAGCUACUGGACCCCUGACCCGGACACCGGCGUCUUCGGCCCCGAGGACGACCGUCACGGUCAAAGAAGAAGUGGAAACGCUCGCGGCGGCGGCUCGUCGGUGCCGGAGGAGAACGCUUGGAUCCGACAUCUCGAGGUGGAGGAUGCCGAAAAGCUUGAUCCAGCGGCCGCCAUGGACUAG